GGCAGCAAGCUCCCCCGUGUUGUCAGUGAUGUGAGGGGUAUAGUAACGGGACAGCGGGUUCAAUCAUCAGUCCCAUCUUAGGAUGGAGAUGGGUCAGCAAUAAAAGCUCGGUGUUUUCUACAUUAUUCACAUUUCUACUCUGCGGGACAUCUUUCAUUCAUUUGAACCUCAGACACAAUUCGCUUUUGGCUAACUGAGAAGCAACGGACUCUUCCAAAAUUUAGAUAACACCGACUUUUUUGUCUUUGUUCCCCUUUGUCAUGGCGAUUGCCCACGUAGCCACGGAGUACGUUUUUUCAGACUUUCUGUUGAAGGACGCCACCGAGGGGAAGUAUAAAGGCGUGCGUCUGGAGCUGACCAUGGACAAAAUAGUCACGUUCCUAGCGGUGGGACUGCCUUUGUUUCUCAUCUCGCUCGCUUUCGCCCAAGAGAUUUCAGUUGGCACCCAGAUCAGCUGCUUCGCUCCCUCUCACUUCUCCUUGAGGCAGGCAAUAUACAUGGACUCUUUCUGUUGGGCAGCAGUGCAGCAAAAAGCGGUCGGUUCGCCACUAUGGCUACACAAGUUCUUCCCAUACAUCCUGCUCCUACUGGCGACCCUCCUCUACAUCCCUGCUCUGCUGUGGCGUUUGACUGCAGCUCCGCACCUCUCAUCUGACCUUAAUUUUAUCAUGGAGGAGCUGGAUCGCUUCUAUAAUCAUGCCAUAAAACUGGCAAAGAAUCUGGCAUCCUUAGAUAACAAGGAUACACCAGAGGACACCCAAUGUAAUGCUCUGGACCUGACUGAGGGCUGCAGCAAAUACCCUUUAGUGGAACAGUAUCUGAAGACCAAACGCUCCUCUCACUGCCUCGCGGUCAAAUACCUGGCAUGUCGAAGCCUGACUUUGCUGAGCCUCCUGCUGGCCUGCCUCUACCUCGGCUAUUACAUCCAACUGGCCUCCCUCACAGAUGAGUUUCCCUGUGACCUGCAGACCGGACUGCUAAAAAAUGACAGCACAGUGCCAUCUGCAGUCCAGUGCAAACUUGCAGCAGUGGGUGUAUUCAGGCUGCUCAGCUACAUCAACUUGGGGGUGUAUGUGCUUCUUGUUCCACUGGUGGUAUAUGCUGCUCUUGGACCAGCUCGCCAGAGCUCCAGCUUCCUCAAGCCUUAUGAGAUGCUACCAGGAUUCGGUGCUUUGGGUUUGGUCACACCCUUCUACAAUGAUCUCAGCAUCUAUCUGCUGUUCCUGCAGGAGAACCUGAGUGAACUCAAAUCUUUUAAAUGUCUGCAGGUGCUUGAGUUGUUGCAUGAGGCUGGUGACGAGGGAUUUGACACCAUGUGCCUACUGCGAACUCUGGAUCAGGCGAAGACUGAUGUGCUAGACAGUAAGAGGAAAAGCUCACGUAAAAACAACAAAGAUACUAAAAAGGCUGAAGAAUGAUUCCUUUAAGUGGCUGACCUGAUGAGGAUAAGCUCUGCUGUGAUGGGAAGGAAGAAGUGGCACAAAAACUCUGUGCACCUAGCGCUACUCUGAGUUUCUGGUGAUGGACAACAGACUUAUCCCCAUGACAGGGACAGGUAUCUCAGGUCAUCUGCUACUGACUUUGUAUUCUUUUCUGAAAUGAAAUUCCAAUGUUUUGCUGAAUUUUUAUUUUUAAAAUUUUUUACAUGCUAUUUAUCUAAGGAUCUGAACUGCCUUAUAUUCAAAUCAAGUUAUGUUCACUAGGCUGAAAGCUGUACAUUUUCCUAGUACUAUAGCCAACAUCCUGUCCUUUAUUGCGGAAUGAGGGAAGUUUUUCAAGCUUAGAUUUUCCUCUAGUGUAAGCAUGAUACAAAAUGAUUGAUGAGAAUUUUCCAUACAAGCCAUGCUUAAAAUAAACAUGAAUGAUUACAUUAGAACCACAGGAGCAUCUUUGUCUGGACUGUAUAGCCUGUGAUUAUUUGUGUGUACAUACUCAGUUAACAAUAAUAUUAUACUGUCUGUGCAUGUUGAAUCAGAUAAACAAGAAUCAGAUUUUUGAAUUUACUUUGGGGAAAUUAAAUAUG